AUGGUCCUGGAGGGCACGAAUGGCCAUUUGAACACAGAGAAGCGUGGGGACACCGACCAGGGUGCUGUGACCGAAGACUUGGCACGCUGUCCGGAGAUGUUGGCCUUGGUGGAGAGUGCGGCCCUUGAGCGGCUCAUAGCCGAGGUCUUGGGCUGCAGGGAUCUCGAGGGGGCCCCAGAGGACGGCAAGGAAGUGCGCACCUUGGACUACAAGUGGCUCCGGGCGGUGGGCCUGGGGGAGAACAGCGGCUUCCACACCGACUCGGUGUACCUGAACAAAGGAAGUAGGGAGGGAUUGACCUGCUGGAUUCCUCUGGGGGACAUCGAUCUGGAGAUGGGCGGCCUUUGCAUCGUCAGCGGCUCGCAUCGCGACGCUCGCUAUCAAAAGGUCAGGGAGACCUACUCCAACAUCGACGUGGACACAGCUGGUAUCCGCGGCACGGGGUGGUUCACUGAGGAUGCUCGCGAGAUCAUCUCCUAUGGAUGCCCCCUCUUGACCUCAUCCUUUCGCAUGACCGAUGUGGUCAUCUUCCGUCUCGACACCAUGCACGGCUCGCUGUCAAACCACAGCACACCUGCACGGGUGCGCCUAUCCUGUGACACGCGCUGGUACUCGGCCAGUGAUCCUGCAGGUGUGGAUCCAAGGUACAUGGGGGAGCACCCAGUUGGCACGGCUGUGUGGUGGGUGAACCGACACAAUGCGGAGGUCUUCCCGAUGUCCAUGGACGAGGCAAAGCACGAGUGGGGCCUGAGACCCUACAGCGGCGAACAAGUGCACGGCAUCCCUUAG